AUGCCUAAACCUAAAAAGAGGAGCGCCAGAGCCGCGGGUGGUCGGCAGAAAAAUAUUUAUCCAUUUAGUGACGAUGAUUCCUCACUUGAAACCAUGAGCCAGUGCAGUAGUUUUAGUGACGCUGCCAGCUAUCAAGAGGAUGGUGCUGAAGUUGAUGAAAUAGCAGCUCAGGAAGACUUUGAGUUCAAAUUAAAGGGUCUUAUUGAUCUUACAAUGGACAAAAGUGCAAAGACAAGGCAAACUGCUCUAGAAGGCUUAAAGAAUGGUUUGGCUUCCAAAAUAUUAAAUGACUUCAUCUUAGAAAGAAGGCUAACAAUCACAGAUAGUAUUGAGCGCUGCCUAAAGAAAGGAAAAGGUGAAGAGCAGCGUAUAGCAGCAGCUCUAGCCUGCCUCCUUUGCUGCCAGCUUGGCUCUGGCAAUGAAAGCGAAGAGGUGUUCAAAACCUUGGCUCCAACUCUAAAGACCAUUGUUUGUGACAGAAGUGCAAGUACCCAGGCACGGCAGGCUUGUGCUACAUACUUGGGCCUCUGCUGCUUUAUUGCUGCCGAUGACAUAGAGGACUUGUAUGGAACAAUGGAGUGUUUGGAAAACCUCUUCACGAAGCAAUAUCGUUCUGAAGGUGGGGCUGAUAGCUGUUCAGCACUUCACAUCCAAGCUCUCCAAUCAUGGACCCUUUUGCUAACCAUCUGUCAUACAAGUGAAGCAAAGAAGAAAAUAGACAUACAUCUACCGAAACUUCCACGACUGCUUUCCUGCGAGGAUGUAAACAUGAGAAUUACAGCUGGGGAAACACUGGCUGUUCUGUUUGAAAUUGCGCGAGAAGCGGAUGCAGAUUUUUAUUAUGAAGACAUCGAACCUUUGACUCAGACAUUGAAAGCUUUGGCUACUGACUGCAAUAAACACAGAGCCAAAGUAGACAGACGAAAGCAACGCUCGGUUUUCCGGGAUGUACUCAGAGCUGUUGAGGAUGGAGACUUUCAGGCUGAAACGAUCCGCUUUGGUAGAGAGCGCAUGCACAUUGACUGCUGGGUGAAAAGGCUCACGUAUGAUGUUUUCAAGGAGCUGUUUGGCUCUGGAAUGCAGUUUCAUCUUCUGACAAAUGGCUUUCUGCGCAGUAUUUUUGAGCUUGGACCACCUUUGUGCUUGAGUGCAGCUGAUAUUGGAGCAAUGAAAACCUCCCGUGUUGAAAGACACAUGAACAACUCUGCUGCAUUCAAAGCUCGCACAAAAGCUAGAAGCAAACUGCGUGACAAGAGAGCAGAUGUUGGAGAGUUCUUCUAA